UAUAGGAGAACGCGAGGCUAUCUUCAUCACUUCGGAAGACGUUUAUCAAGCAGCCUCCAUGGAUAAUAUUGGAUCCUCAGCUAUGCUGUUUGGUAUGAGAUGCAUUUGGGAAAGCAUGCACCCAAAUUCACGACAAUUAUAUAAAUUUUUUGACACCGAACAUCUUUCUAUUGGCAAUGAUGAAAGUAAAAACUAUACGGUGGAUCUUAUAGCCAAAUGGAUGAUGACUAUGGAUAGACGAGGCCAAAUAUAUUUCAUUCCUUGGAUUGUUGAUCGACAUUGGAUGUUGGUGCUCGUGAUGAUGCGGGGGAUGACCAUAAUUUUGGACCCUUUAAAAAAUCAUAAAUCUCCACCAAUAAUUACGGAGGUUAUGGAAAAAGCAUACGCACAAUGUUUGGAAAAUGAAUACAUCGGUACAUUUACAAAAUUGGUGAGAGGUUCUUGUCCAAAACAACCUGAAAGUCAUGAAUGUGGUUAUUAUGUACUAAGAUACAUUUAUGAUCUUGUAAAUGCACCGAAUCCAGCAGAAGUUAUCAAGAAGAAAGUAUGUUAUAUUUUAAACUCUUUUUUGCUUAAGAAAAACUAGAUAUAGUAUUUAAUUAUCUAAUCUAUAUUAACUUUUCAAUUUUGCAGUGGUUUGACAAAAAGCAAUUCAAUGUCAAAGAGGAUCUACUACCACUACAAAGUGAUUGGUUAGCUAGAUUAAUGCCAUUUGUUUAU